GCCGAACAUCAUAAAGCCAUACGGUCAAAUCCCGCCAAAAUAACAAACAGUCUCUCUGUCUCUCUAGCUUUUGGCGCGAGCUCUUCUUCCAUGGCGGAAUCAGAUAAUAUCUUGAGGAAGAAGAUGCGAUUUUCGUCUUCUUCAGUUCGUUAUACUACCUCCCAGAACCUUAUGGCAAGCAAAUUACGGACUCAGAGCAAUCGUUCCUCCGUUAGAUUUGCAUCCGCAGUGUCUCACAUUGUCACAGAUCUUCGUCACCAUCAUGCGUCAUCGCUCACCGGGAAAAUCGUUACUCAAAUGCCUCGAGCUUGUUCUUGUGUCACGGUGAAGAAUCUGUGUCUCAGACGCGUAUUCUCUCCGAGUUCGAUUUCUAACGAUUGGGACUUUCACAUGAAAGGAGAAAAUCAAAUCAAGGAGCUAAAUGUGGAAUCUCCACAAACGACGCCACCGGAUUCGGAAAUGUUUACCGGUGAACCUUCUGGUUCUAUCAAUCAAGAGAUCAAUGGGGUUUCUGGGAAGAAAGUUGGUACCAAUCUCGGCAGCAAAGUGAUUCGUCAUCCGGAAAAGAUUUUUAAGAACCCUGGCUCGGUGAGCUAUAGAAGAUUGCUUCCUUACUUGAUGGAAGCUGCAGAUGGUAUUGAUGCGAAAGAUCUAGAGAAUCAAAGAGGUGAAUCGAUGGCAGCGAAGAACCGACUUCUUGAAACCGAGCCUGUUUGGCAAUCUACCAAUAACUUUGAUAAACCAUCAGCUCAAAGUUUACAUGGAAACAUUAGCCCUUUCAAGAAGAUGACUUCAUCUAGUGGCACCAAUAUUUCGUUGUGCUCCAAACGUAAGCUAUUUAAAGUGCCAGGUUCUGUAAAUUACAGAAGAAUGCUUUCAUAUCUCAAAGAGAAAUCAGAGGGUAAUCCUGUGACGCCUGAAACCAGUAAUCGUGCAGAGGAAAUAGCUCCAGCCACUGAGACUAAAGGGGCAUCAAGUGAAGCUACAGAUUUGAAUACAUGCUCUAACGAUGUUGAGGCGCCACUCUCUGAUUUAGAGGAACGAACAGGAAGCUCAAACUUUUGUUAGCUCAGUUUAGCUGUUAGUGUUAUUUAGUUACAAAGUUUGUAACAAAGUCAUGUAUAUAGG